AUGAUAGCCACAUUAUCAAAUUAUGGUCUACAAAAAUAUCAAUUUGGCAAAGAUGUCCGAAAAAUGCGUCAAAUGUAUGGGAUGUCCGGAAAAAUAAUAUACGAAGGUAGAUGGAUGCAAGGACGAACUGAUCCUAUCAUAGUUGUUGAAAUGAACGAAGUGAUUACUGAACGUGAAGCCGCUUUUUACUUAGAAGUAAAUAAUCAUCUACAUAUUAUUAGUACACUAGGUUAUAUUGAAAAUAGUGUCAAGUUAACCAUAUUUAUACAAGAAUAUGCACCACAAGGCGAUUUAGCUGGUUAUCUAAUGGACAAUCCGAAUAAGUUUACACUACCGAGUUUUGCCGAAAUAUUUUUGCAGAUUGCCGAUGCGAUGAGUUAUAUUGCGAGUAAACGGAUUGUACAUGGUGAUUUAGGUUGUCGAAACGUACUUGUAUUCCGAGUCGAUGAAACUCAACUGAAAAAUAAUUUAGUUAGAAUAACCGAUUUUGGUCUUGCCCGUUUCAUUGAUAAAAAGCCUGCUCGUGCAAAUGAAUUAGUGAUUCCAGUCCGGUAUUGUGCGCCAGAAAUUCUUCGAACCAAUCGCCAUUCAGAUUAUUCCGAAAAAUCUGAUGUCUACUCACUGGGCGUUCUAAUCUGGGAAGCUUUAUCGAAUAGCGAAAUUCCUUAUUCAGCAGUUGAUAAAGAUGAUGUUGUUAAAGAAAUGAAAUUAAAUAAUGAAAAACUCACAAGGCCACACCCUUGUAGUGAUGGGCUUUGGAAUCUUAUGAAAAAAUGUUGGCACACAAAUCCUGAUGUUCGCCCUAGUUUUGCACUUAUCAAUGAAGAAUUAUCACAUAUUGAUGUAUCUGACAGCAGAGACGUUCGGAGUUCUAUUUCGCUUCACGAAAUACCAACAAACUAUAAAUAUGAACUUGAUGAAGAUAUUCGAAUCCAAAAUUUACUCGGUGGCCAAUUUGGUAAAAUCUACGAGGCAGAAUGGAUAUCAAGAAAAGAAAGACCAAUCGUCGUCAUUCAAAUGGAUACAGAACCGUCAGAAUACGAAGCAAUGGUUUACACAAAUUUCGACCUGCAUCGAAAUAUCGUUGAUACUUUUGGAUUCGUAGGUAACGAUCGCGGCUUAAUUUUAUUAUUACAAGAAAGAGCACCGUAUGGUAAUCUCCAAGCAUUGUUACAAAAUGGUACAUUUCAACCAUCGCAAAAUGUACUGAUUACAAUAUUCACCCAAAUCGUGAAAGCUAUGAUCUAUGUUGUUAGCAAAGGUAUUGUACACGGUAAUCUAUGUUGUGCGAAUAUUGUUGUGUUCCAAAUCACAGAAGCGAUGAUUUAUCUUGUCGGUGAAAAUUUCGUACACGGGGAUCUACGUUGUUCGAAUGUACUUGUCGUCAAAAUGGAUCCUUCUGAUCCCGAAAGAAAUCUUGUUAAAUUAACUAAUUUCAGUCGAGCUUGUCCAAUCGGUCAGUCAGUUGGAGAUAGAAAGAUACCAGCAAGUUUAAUACCGUAUUGUGCUCCUGAAAUUCGUCGAAAUCGAAAUGCAUCAAGUUAUUCAGAAUUUUCGGAAGUUUAUUCGAUGGGCGUCUUGAUGUGGCAAGCAUGUUCGCAAGGAGCCAUUCCUUUCGCGGGUGAUACAAGUAGUGGUGAUACUCGUAGAAGAGCAUCCAUUAAUCGCAGAUUAGGACGUCCAAAGCAAUGCCAGGAAAAUUUAUGGGCAGUUAUUUCUGAUUGUUUGCUGAACGAACCAGAACUGCGGUUUGAAUUCAGUGCGAUAAAAAAACGGCUUAGUGAUUUACAAGAUAUGUAA